GCUCACAGAAGCUGUGUACUAUCAUAAUUAUUUAUCUGGAUUGCUAAACACUGUUGUUUUUUUAUAAGUUUAUAAAGCCAAAAAAUAAAAAAAUAUUAAUGGGUCCUGAAGCUAUUAGACCCGUGUCUUUUAACUUUGAAUUCAAUCCCAAUUUACGUAAUCUCAAGAGUACCAAGUUUAAGUAGUAAAAUAUAUGUAAUUUUAAAAUAUAUACACAUGAGUAAAUGGAAAAAAUUAUCAAUUUUAUUUUACGACUAAGAAUAAUUACAAAAUAACAAAUAAUCAUUCGCAGACUAUGUGAUAAAACAUUUGUAUAAAUAUUUAAAUAAAUUGAUAACUAUAUAAAAAUUGCUUAGAGAAGAAAUAAAAUAUAUAAAUAAUUGCUAUUUGAAUUUUGAUUUAAGAACUUUUCGAAUAUAUUUAAAUUGUUGAAUAAAAAGUACAAGAAAAAAUGAGUGAGGCGGUAAAAAAAAGUUGUUGUGAGCUGCCUUUGAAUGAAGAAUCAAAAAUUAAUCAAACAGAUUCAGAAAAUAAUAAUGAAUCUAACGAAAAUCCUGGAGAUAAUCGCACGGCGUGGAGCGGAAAGUUGCAAUUUUUUCUGAGUAUCAUUGGAUAUAGCGUUGGAUUGGGAAAUAUAUGGAGAUUUCCGUAUUUUUGUCAACAAAACGGCGGUGGUGCUUUCCUCAUUCCGUAUUCCAUAAUGUUACUUCUUGAAGGCAUACCUCUAUUUUUAAUUGAAUUGGGAAUCGGCCAACGCAUGCGACAAAGUACUUUGGGUGUGUGGAAUACAAUCCACCCCUGCCUUGGUGGAAUUGGCAUAUCUUCUUGCAUUGUUGCUUUCUUCGUCACAAUCUAUUAUAAUAUAAUCAUAGCAUGGUGUUUCUUUUAUUUCUUCAAUUCAUUAACCGCUGUAGGAAGAAUUUUCAGUUUAAAUAAAGAUAAAAGUAUGGAAGACACUUUGAUGUGGGCAGAUUGUCCGAGAAAUGAUACUUCGGGACAAGAAAUUGAAGAAUGCGCUAAAAGUUCAUCAACUGCUUACUUUUGGUACAGAGUUACUCUAGACGCCUCGCCCUCCAUAGAAGAAGGAAUGGACCUCAAAUGGUGGAUUGUUCUUUGUUUGCUACUGAGCUGGAUCACAGUUUUUUUUAUCGUCAUGAAAGGGAUACAGUCAUCGGGAAAAAUCAUUUACUUCACAUCCCUGUUUCCAUACAUAGUUCUUACUAUUUUUUUCAUUAGAGGCAUCACUCUGAAAGGCGCUGGCGUCGGUUUGCAGCACAUGUACAUUCCAGAGGUUGAAAAAUUACUAGAACCCCGAGUUUGGUUGGAUGCUGCAACCCAAGUUUUCUAUAGUUUUGGUACUGCAUUUGGUUCGUUAAUCGCCUUCGGAAGUUACAAUCCACCGGAUAAUAAUUGUGUUCGAGAUGUUAUUUUAGUCAGUAUAUGCAAUGGAUUUACGGCUAUUUAUGCAAGCACUGUGGUAUUUACAAUUUUAGGAUUUAAAGCCGUGUCAAACUUCGAAAAAUGUGUCCGCAGCAAUCGUAUUCUGCUUUUAAUGCACGGGUUUCUAAACGAUAUUGAUGAUACCGAAGAAGAAUAUCAAGAAGCUAUUGGGUUAUUUAGCAGCUCUCGAAUUUCUAUGAACGUAACACUAGAAAAAUGCAGCAUUGCCGAACAGCUGAACCAAGCGGCUGAAGGAACGGGAUUAGCUUUCAUUGUCUUCACUCAAGCAAUAGUAGAAUUACCCAGUGCGCCAUUUUGGUCUUGUAUAUUUUUUCUGAUGCUUCUGGCACUAGGAUUAGGCUCUCAGAUCGGUAUUCUCGAAGGGAUGCUCUGUGUCGUCUUUGAAAUUGAUUUUUUCAAACGGAUUAAAAAACAAUAUAUAACUGGCAUUGUAUGCACAACUUGUUUUUUUUUGGGUCUGAUAUUUUGCACAGGAGCUGGCGAAUAUUGGCUCGAAUUUUUCGACAGUUUUGCCAGCACUAUUGGCGUGGUGUUUGUUGCCUUUAUGGAAAUAAUAGCCGUCGCUUAUGUAUACGGACAUGAAAAGUUCUCUCAGGAUAUUGAAGAUAUGACGGGAUAUAAACCAGGACUAUAUUGGCAAAUUACAUGGAGAUUUCUCGCGCCAGUUCUUAUGGCAAUGGUUUUAAUUUCUAGUAUUGUAUCAAUGAUUUUAAAAAGACCUCAAUAUUCUGCUUGGAAUGCAUCACUUGGCAAAACAAUUCUGACAGAUUAUCCAAACUGGGUAUUAAUGAUCGGAAUCUGUAUUAUAUUAAUCGGAAUUGCUCCGAUCCUGAUAGUUUUCCUCCUGAGAAAAUACAAAGGUAUCAAAAUUGAAGGAAAAAAUAUUUGCCGAACCGAUACAACUAUAUCAGCUAAAGAAAUAAUGGCAGAUGUUGAUCUUCAUGAUGAAUUAGAAAGUUUGUCGAAAGAUAACAAAAAUAUUAAGGACGACCAUUUAUAUAAUAAUUUACAUAAAAAUAUCGUGUCGAAAGAAAAACAGGGGAAGUCUUUCAAAAUGGAAAUACUUGAUCAUUAAAUUCUUUUUCCACACCUUCAAAUAACAAAUUAUAUUUCUUUUUUUUUACAUCAUUAAAUUUUUAAAUUUUUUAUAUAAAUAUAUAUUUUAGUUCGAAUAAAAAAUUGACAUUUGCGAAUUAGAUAAUAUCAAGUAAUCCCACUAAUGAUACUUUGUCAGUAAGUCACUAGAAUAGAAUAACUUUUUUUUUAUCAGAUUGCACAUGAGAGCGCAAUGCAUAAAAUAGAUUAAAAUAUAUAUAGUAUUAUAACCAGUAUUAAAAAAAAAAUUUGUAAAUUAAUAUAAUAAUUAAUUAAAUUGCUUAUCAUAAAUUUUGGAUUUUUUUUUACGCGUACUCAUAUCAAAUGUUUGUCAUUUAUUUAUAGAUUAUUUGUAUUAUUUUUAUGAAUAAUAAACGAGUCUAUUCAAUAAUCUGAUUAAUCAAACUACAUGAUCUAUAUUGUAUUGAUAAAUCUGCUCGAGUACACAUGAAGUAUAUAAUGAAAUCCUAAAAAAUACAUACACGGAAUACAUGGACAUGAAUUAUAAAUAAAACGUUACGUGCCAAUCAAGGAAACCAGAUGAUUAUCAAGUUAUAGUCAAAUUAUAUUGGAAAACAAGAAUGAAUAAUAACAUGUCAUUCAAAUUAGACAAGUUUAUAAACA